AUGGUGCAGGGGUUUGCUGUUGCCGCCAACCGGAAGUUGUUGGUUGCUCUCACUCUAGAUUUCCAUGGACAGGUGCUGCUUCAGAAUCAGUGCUCUUUUCUAGCUAGAUCAAAGGUGGAAGGCGUUCGGCUUUUCUCUCCGCACCAACUAUUCAAUUCUCCACCUGGAGCUGAAGUGGCUGUCUUUGAAAGGUCCGAGAGGACGCCAACCAAACAAGAGAAGCAUACCGAGGACGCUGCUAAAGCACUUGAAAUCCAGUUGAAAACUACUUUAGAAGAUCUCAGUGAUGCGCUCUUUGGAAGUGAAUGUGAAAAGCGAUGGGUGGACGCGUAUUUCCCGUUCACACAUCCUUCUUUUGAACUUGAGGUGUUUUAUGAAGGAAAGUGGCUAGAAGUGCUCGGUUGUGGCAUAAUGGAGCAGCAAUUAUUGGAAUCUGCUGGCGCUGGAGAUAAGGUUGGUUGGGCGUUCGGUCUUGGACUGGAGCGACUUGCCAUGAUACUAUACGGGAUUCCAGAUAUACGGUUGUUUUGGUCCACAGACUCAGGGUUCCUGUCGCAAUUCGCUGACAAACUACCCACCGACAAGAUCAAAUACAAGCCGAUUUCUGUACAUCCUCAGGUUCUAUUCGACAUGUCGUUCUUUUUGCCAGAGGGAGUAGUUUAUCAUGAUAUGACAGCCAAUGUGUAUGAUACUGUAAGAAAUGUUGGUGGUGAUUUGGUGGAACAGGUGAUCCUUACUGAUGAGUUCACCAAUAAGAAGAAUCGUAAAAGUCAAACUUAUCGGGUCGUCUAUCGGAGUAAUUCAAAAGCGCUCACAAAGGAGGAAGUUAAUGUAGUACAUAAGCAGAUCACAGAUCAAUUAUCAGAGCUUUACGGUGUUAUUUUGCGAUAG